CACUUCACAUCAAUUCGCCUCCUCAUCUACCUAGUCAAACCCUUUCAACCCUUUCAAACACCUCCUCUCUUAGCCUAAUCGGUUCUCUCCCCCACUACGAAAAUGCAAUUCUCAAUCUUCAAGCUUGCAGUUGCAGCUUUGGCUGUGUCUAGCGAGACUGUGCUAGGAGCCGUCGUAAAAUCCCGGGCUGUUACGCCGGCUCAGAUCGUCAGCAACAUCCAGAUGAUCACGCAAAAGUCGCAGGCUCUUCAAGCCCCUGCACAGAGCAUCACUAUUAUCAAUGGGCCUCUGAUUGUUAUUGGACAGGGCCCCUUCCCGCAAAUUAUUGCCGGUUUUACAGACAUUGUUUCCACUGCUGCCACUGCCAUAGCACAAAUGCAAGGAACCUCGCCAGUUGGGGCUGGCGCUGAUUCCGAUGCCAUCUUUAACGCCUUCCGCGAGUUCGUACGCGUUCACCAAGUCCUUCUCAACAUCCUAAUUGGCAAGGCUGGUCUAUUCAAUACCGUCCCCUUCAUUGGGCAACCUGUGGCGGCUGUACUGAGGCAGAUUGAGAAUGUUGUUGACACCAUUGCUUUUGCCCUGAUUGAUAUGGUUCAGAGCCGGUCUGAGGAUCUCCAAGCUGAGGCAAGAAACCUGGACAUGACCCUUGAAAAUGCCAUCAACGCCUACAAUGGCCUCAGCCUCAACUAAAAUAUCAUACCACCAGUCGAAGAAAAAGUGAAAGGACUAUCUUGAUCUUCUGGUGGUGUCUUUUGAGCAGCCAGAACACCACAAUCCGGAUGAGCAAGUCAAACGUAUCAAAUCAGGUCUCGGACUAGAAACCAUCUACUUGAGCUGCAUUUGAGAAGUCCGAAGAACUAGAAAUGGUCAUAAGUUGCCGGCGUAGGAAGUCGUGAGGAAGGCCUGAUCUGUGGGGUUAUACUUCAAACAUCUGCUUUUCGUUUACAAAUAGUUUUGAGCCCGAUCAUCCGAUUCAACAUGCGGAAUAAAAUGCUGUUUUGCAAAUA